UUUCACUCAUUUUCCAUUUUCUCCUUCAGGUGAUAGAUAGAUAGAUAAUCUCUGAUAAACUCAGUGCUGGCAAUGUCAACAGUCAAGUGCCGUCAAGAGGUUACUUCAGUAAAAGUACUCAUUAUGCCUAAUGGCCCUCGUCAGGGUUAGAUUAUUAUGUUGUAUUAUUGACACAUUAACAUACAAGUGGUAGUUUCAUGUUGUAGAUGGUCGAGGUGGAGCUACUUGUAACUGCUUUGUUAUGCACUGCGUUUAGUUUUUACACCGAUCACGUGUGUUACCCUGAAAAGUGCAAUAUUUCCCUCUGAAAUGGAGUGAAGUAGAAGUAUAAAGUAGCAUAAAAAGUAAAGUACAAGUUGUCUUAAAGUUGUAUUAAAGUACAAUACUUAAAAAAUAUACUUAGUUACUUUCCACCACUAGUUUUCAGCUCUUUCCACUGAUCUGAAGUGACCACAAAAAUGAUGAAUGCAGCUUUAAAGUUAAAGGAUGAGGACAGUCUUAUUUUCAAUUUGGCCUUAAGACAUAAUUGUUUAAAGAAAGGUCACAAAUAUAGUAUCAUUAAAAAAAAAAAAAGCAAAAUACUUUCCUAAAACAGCCGGGCACUGUCGAUUUUAGCUAACGUCACUCAAAGAGAAAUAAACGGUGCAUUCGUUGGGGACUAUUUUCGGCGGCGGAUUAACGCAAAUUUGGUGCUCUAAUGGGUACUUACACAGCAUGUGGAGUUGACUCAAAUUAAACAGUGCCUGUGUUCAUGGUGAUGAGGAACCAUGUCACCCAGUGCAACAGUGUGACUCGCUGAUAUGUUUUUAAUAGUUUUUCACAACAAUGGAGCUCUACGGCACAGAUGAAAAGGAGAUAUCAGCCAUUGGAUACACAGACAAAACGGUUCAUUGGUUUUAGUCUUUUCAUGGGAUUUGCCGACAGUAAGAAAGAUUCAGAAUAUCUCCAGCCUCGUCCUUUAAAGUCAGACUUAAAUAUGAAGCAAAACUGACUUUUAGAGGGAAAAUAAUAUUGCUUUAAUCGUUUGUCUGUAACCAGUGGACACUUGGCAGUUUUUGAUAUGAAAGAUAUAGAUUCAGUAAACUCUUUAAUUACUGUUAGAGGUGAAACAAUAUAAGAUCAUACUACUUCUGGUUGUUGGUUCCCUAAUUUGCAUAUUAGUUCUAUGUUUUGUUUUAUUAUGUUCUCUGCCGGAACCUUGGCUGCUAUGAUGUCAGUGGUCUGACACACUUCUAGAUUCUGUACUCUGUGAACCUGAGGUACACUUGUAGAUUCUCACACAUUUGGUACCUGAAUGUUCAGCUAUCCAAACCCUCUACAAAGACGUGUUGGUUCACUCGUUGGUUAACAAACCCGUUUACUGUUUUUCUCUCGUUCGAGUUUGACGUCUCUUAAAAAUGGACACCGACUUCCUUUUUGAACAAGUCCAAGAAAUGAGACCGUCCCCCUUCUCAGAAGAGGAGUGGCACUGCUACCAAGUAGAAAAAAUGAUGCUGAGGCAGUUUAUGCUCAUGAAGCAACAGGAUCAAGUUCCUGACUACUUGUCUGUCAGAGACAUGAAGACCUGGCUGCUGACAGGAAGAAGCUUCCUGGAAGAGUUUCAGGAAGCAAUUGCAACGACAGAAAUUCAUCUCCUGUUCAUGGCUGAACUGGCCUGGACCACAGCGAGGCACUUCUGUCUCAAUCAGAUGGAACAAGAGCUCCUGGAAGAGCUGAACAAGGAAGAGCAGCUUUCACAGCUGUUGGGCAGGAAGGUCACAUUGGAGGGCGUUCAGAUGUUUGUUUCAGUCGUCCGCCCAGCAGCAGAGGAGGAGGUACGAAACCUCCUUCCAUCUCUGCACAGCAAGCUGCUGGGAAUCCUCUGUGGCAUUCAGACCACCAUCGGCUCACUCUCUGCAGGGGACACUAAACCCACAGAACUCCUGGCGCUCGAAGAGAGCACUGCGCCCCAGGUACCAGAGGUCUUGGAGACCACUCUGAAGUUCUUCCUGGAGGAACCAGAGCGGGAGAACAAGAGUGAAGCUGCCAGUGCUGAGAUUGGCAAACUGCUGGCUAACUCAGUAGCUCCCUGCCUCUCUCAGUUCGGAUCAGGCUCUGCAUCUCUUAUGCUUGGCAUCUGCACCGUUGGAGCCCGAUCCAUGGUCAAAGCCAUCUAUAAGACGGCUGUCAACCGGUCCAGGUCCUUCCACCAGAUGGACUACGAUCAAAGCUUUUUCUCUGCCAGAGAGGGCGUCAUCUCUGCCAUCCAAGACAUGGAGACAUGGAGACAUGGAGAGGGCGUCAUCUCUGCCAUCCAAGAAAUGGAGUACGAAGCACAGACUGAUGACGAGCUGGAAGUAGUGCAGCAGGUGGAAGUGGAUGCAUUUGAGAAGGAGAAAUCCCUGGUUCAGGACUGUGAUGUUAAGAAGAAUGAAGUGCCAGGCUUCUUCCGUGGUUUGUGGGAGAUGAUGACAUGUUGCUUCUGCUUUUCCACUGAGGACUGA